AUGUUUAAAAAUAUCACAGUAUUCGGAACGCAUCCCGCCCCUAUAUUUGCUACAUGUUUUGCUCGUUUUCUUUGUUUUUUACUCUAUAAAUAAACAUUAAACACUUCGAAUGGUCCUAUAAAUAACUCGCGUGAUUGUGCGUUCAACCUAGUAUCAGUUUAAAAGUCAACUUCGUCUAGUAACCGGCGAAAUGCGAUAUUAUUUAUUAACGAUAGUUUUCAGUUCUGUGUUUGCGUUUGAAAAAGAUGUUACAUUCACAGUUCAGCCUGGCCACACGGACUGUUUCUUCCAGAAAGUCAAGCCCAAUGAAGUUAUCGAUAUUGAAUAUCAGGUGAUAGAUGCGACACAUGGGGAGUUGGACAUCUCGUUCCAGCUGGCAGACGCAGUGGGUCGGGUCCUGGUGGCGGACUACAAGAAACCUGAGAACAGUCACCGACACACCGCCACCGUGGAGGGCGACUAUAGGUUCUGCUUCGAUAACAGUUUCAGCACAUUCAGCACCAAAACUGUAUUUUUCGAUCUGAUGACGACGAGCGACGACGCGCCCGAACACGACUACGGCGGGGACAAAGAGAUGGAGCUGGGCAACUCUCUGGAGUCGUACAUAAUGAAAGUUCGCGACAUCUCCGAGUCCAUAAACCGCGUCAAGGACAACGUGGGCGCGGCGCGGAGGCUCCAGGAAGCGCACUCCGCGAGAGAAGCCAGGGACAGAAACAUAGCUGAAGAAAUGAACGCCAGAGUAAUGACGUGGUCCAUGUGGCAAAUCGUGCUCAUGAUCGGAGUUGGGAUCACACAAGUAAUCUUCGUGCGGAGUUUGUUCGAAGACAAACACAAUCGCUUCAGGAAGCUAAUUCCCAGCUUCAGCUCGCAAUGACACUAGUCACAACCCACCCCAGUGCGUCUCAACUAGCCCCAGUACGUAACAACUCGCCCCAGUACG